CCUUUCAACACUAACAGUCAGCCAUUUUGCAUAGGGCAUCGCGGAUGCUUUUUCUCCCUGACCAAAGGAUAUUUGGUUUUUCUAUCAAAUUUUAUUAAUUUCGAGACGUCAAAUCGAAACCCCCCAAUAGCGGAUACCAAGUACCGGCAGCGUGAGUGCAAUUGGCAAGUGGAAAUUGUCGGAAAGAGCCAGUUUAAGACCCCGAGAAAAGCAGUCAGCGCAGACGUCACACCUUUUCAGACACCAAUACGAAAGCACCGCUACUAAUACUAAUAUUACUACUACCGACGCAUAGAGUAACACAACAACAACAAAAUUAGUGCUAGAAAAGUGAAGAAGUAUAAACGAUCCACAAGUCAAAAGUACUUAUUUAGUACUUUCGCCUCGCCUUGAGUUACCUGCAUUUUCUAGCGAAAGCCGCAUAGAAUUUUUGGAAAUAUUACGCAAGUACUAUUUCUAGUCGUACCCGUUGGAUAAUCAUGGCUCAGUAAACAUGAAUCCGCAACGAGAAUACUCUGCUCAACGCACUCCGUGUGGAGACCAGGCCAAGACGCAAUUAGCUGCCUAUUGGCAGCUGCCCAGCACCUAUACUAUUAGUACUCCCCAUUACCCCAACUGCGCCCACAAUAACAACAGCGAUGGACAGCAACAACAGCAGCAGCAAGAAGCAGCCUCAAUCCUCUCAUCAUGGCAAAUCCUCGUCUGGUGAAUCGCAAAGGAAGUCCAGUGAAGUACAUGCCAAUAGCAACAAACAGCGGAACAGCCGCCGCCGGGAGCAGCUUCCCACCCCACGUAACGAUCAGCAGCAGCAGCAGCGCAGUGCCAGGCAGCAGCAGCAACAACAGCCACAGCAGCCUCCCAAGCUACGUCCAAAUGUGGACAAGCGGCCAAGAGCCCGCGGGGGCGGCGGGGCAUAUGAUUUCCCUGCAUCCCGCGGCGAAGGCGGGACUUCAGGCAGCGCCCGACUAGACUACCCUGGCGCUGGCUACCCUCGUAGCGGUGAAUUUGAACAUGAACUUAAUUCUGUGUACGCACAGGGAAGUAAGAAACAGAACCUGAACCAUCUGCUCAACUUCCACUGCGUGCCGAGGGAACUGCAGCGAGGCCAUCACCAUCAGCACCAGCAGCACCACGGCCUGGGAAUCAGGAAGCAACGAUACAACAAAGAGCAGUUCCUGCAGGCCAACUUCCAAUUCGUCAUUCGAUCGGGGGCUAAGGCCCAGGUGAAUGGUUCGCCGGAUGCUCUAAUCGAUUGGAGCUACAUUGAGCAGAUCAAUAUCCAGACCACGGAGGAAUUACAGUGUCCCAUUUGCUUGUAUCCCCCGGUGGCUGCCAAGCUCACUAGAUGCGGUCACGCCUACUGUUGGCCCUGCCUGUUGCACUACCUCUCUCUGAGCGACAAGACUUGGCGCAAGUGUCCUAUCUGCUAUGAUGCUAUUCACGCGGGAGAUCUGAAAAGCUGCACCAUCGAGCAGCGGCGGGAUUUGCAAGUGGGCGAGAGGAUUACGUUCCAGUUGAUGCGCCGUCGCAAGGGCUCAAUGUACAUCGAAAAGCAUGCUUCCGGAUUAGGAGAAACCAUUGAACGUUUCCCAUUCGUAACUGCUUUAGAAGAGGCUAAACGAUAUUCCAAGUUUCUCAUAGCCAAGCGGUCUGACGUGGGAGCCAUCAUCGAGAGGGAACGUGGCGAACUGCUAGCCGAAUCGGAUGACUCCUGUCCGGAGGAUGUCUUUAUCCAGCAGGCACUUGUGAUGCUUCAGGAGCGUCGUGAAAAGCUAGGACUCGAACAACCCGAUCCCAGAGAGGAGGAGGAACAACCAACUGUACUUUGCCUAGAGGAUGAAAUCAAGAAUGAUAUUGAGAAGCCAGACGAUGCCUCCAUUUCAUCGGGAGAGGCAUCCAGCAGCCUGAGCUGCUCCUCAAACAACCACCAUAAGUACUAUUAUUUCUACCAGUCCAAUGACGGACAAAACAUCUACUUGCAUCCUCUGAAUGUGAAGAUGCUGCAAGCGUGCUAUGGAACCUUGGAUUUAGGACCACUACUGAUUGAAGCACAGAUUGUUCAGAUGGAGCAGCACUCCAUGGACGAAGAGCAUCGUCGCAAGUUCACCUGUCUUGGUCAUUUGCCUUUGACUUGUCAGUUUUCGGUUGUGGAAGUCGAACUUCAACCGCCAAUUGUCUCUGGAGGAAUACUCAAGCUUUUUAAAGAGGAUAUACUUCACCGUAAGAAGGAGCGUCAGCGUCGGGCUGUCGAGGAGCGCAAAAGAGAGCAACACAUCAACGAGAUCAAUGACCGCCAGAUGGGCAAACUGAUUGCUAGUGCAGCUAACCUCAACCUAAGUUCAUCUCAUGAAUUUCCCACUUUCGGCUUUGAAGAGACUUUGCCCACACCCAGUGGAUCUGUGCCCAUGACCAUUACCCACCAGAACAGUGGCCCACGCUACUCUAGUGUCACUCUGGCCAGUGCCAGUCCCAAGCAGGAGUUGUGGCCCACUAUUGGAAGUGGGUCUCCUGGCAGUACUGCUGCAUCAUUGGAUUUCCAGGCGGGCGCCUGGGGACGCUCGGCUCCACCACCACCUCCGUCUGUAUUGACCUCUAAAACCAGUGAUGAAGAUUUUGAGCAACGAUCUUUGGGCCACUGGGGUCUAGGUGAACUUUUGGUGGGAGCAUUGGAUCAGAAAAAACAAAAGGUAGAAGCAGGAAAAGCCAAUGGAGCUGUACCUGCGGAAUCCAAGAAGCAGAAAAAAACCAAGGGCAAAAAAAUGGUUCCCUUGUUCGCCAUGGGCAUGAACAGAGCUCCAUGAAGGAGUAGUGGAUCACUUAUCAAGUUUACAAGAUUUAUUGUAUUUUUUGGUUGAUGAGAAUAUUUCAACGUUAUUUCAAAUAACAAAAAUACUAUUGUUUUUUCAUUGUAGAAGAUUUGCAAAAUCAUUCAGCUAAUCUAUAAUUUAACACAACUUAUAUUCACAUUACACAUAUGCAUAAUUAAUUAAUCCAAUAAAGGCAGCAAGCAAAAUAUAAA